AUGCCUUCCCUGCGGGUGCUCGCUCUCUCCGCGUGCGUCUGGCUGCGCUGGGCGGCGCUGGCUGGAGGGGCGAGCGGCGGGCCCGGCGGGGGCGCGGGUCCGGGCGCCCGGCGCCGGGAGGGAGAGGCGCUGCUCCCGCAGAAGAUCGAGGUACUGGUGCUGCUGCCUCAGGACGACUCCUACCUGUUCUCCCUGGCCCGGGUGCGGCCGGCCAUCGAGUACGCGCUCCGCGGCGUGGAGGGCAACGGGACCGGGCGGCGGCUGCUGCCGCCCGGCACCCGCUUCCAGGUGGCCUACGAGGAUUCGGACUGCGGCAACCGCGCGCUCUUCAGCCUGGUGGACCGAGUGAUCGCGGCGCGGGGGGCCAAGCCCGAUCUGCUCCUGGGGCCAGUGUGCGAGUACGCGGCGGCGCCAGUGGCCCGGCUGGCGUCGCACUGGAACCUGCCCAUGCUGUCGGCCGGGGCGCUGGCCGCCGGCUUCCAGCAAAAGGACACCGAGUACUCGCACCUCACGCGCGUGGCGCCCGCCUAUGCCAAGAUGGGCGAGAUGAUGCUCGCCCUGUUCCGCCACCACCAGUGGAGCCGCGCCGCGCUGGUCUACAGCGACGACAAGCUGGAGCGGAACUGUUACUUCACUCUCGAGGGGGUCCACGAGGUGUUCCAGGAGGAGGGCUUGCACACGUCCGCCUACAAUUUCGACGAGACCAAAGACUUGGACGUGGACGACAUCGUGCGCUACAUUCAGUCCAGCGAGCGAGUUGUGAUCAUGUGUGCGAGCAGCGACACCAUCCGGAGCAUCAUGCUGGCGGCACACCGGCACGGCAUGACCCAUGGAGACUACGCCUUCUUCAACAUCGAGCUCUUCAACAGUUCUUCCUAUGGGCCCACAACUGUUGCGGCCUAUUCUCAUAUACAGCAAAGAGGAGGACACUCCAUUAGGUGGAUUGCCACACUGGCUGCAACUAUAGACUCCACCCUAACAACGAUUGUGAGGCUGGUGCAGGACCAGGCGGUGUUUCGGUCUCUUGUCUUUGGCAGGCAGCCACAGUACCUGCUACACCAGCAGGUCUCCUCCCUCUUCUCGUUGCCAUUCCUAGUUCAGAGCAGAGUGAGAUCAUGGCGACUGUGGAAGGUUAACAUGUUUGUUGAGGGAUUCCACGAUGCCAUCCUCCUCUACGUCUUGGCUUUACAUGAAGUGCUCAGAGCAGGCUACAGCAAGAAGGAUGGCGGGAAGAUAAUCCAGCAGACAUGGAACAGAACCUUUGAAGGUAUUGCUGGGCAGGUGUCCAUAGAUGCCAAUGGGGACCGGUAUGGGGAUUUCUCUGUGAUCGCCAUGACAGAUACGGAGGCAGGCACCCAGGAGGUUAUUGGCGAUUACUUUGGGAAAGAAGGUCGCUUUGAAAUGAGGCCGAAUGUCAAAUACCCUUGGGGACAGUUAAAGCUGAGUCCAGAUGAAACCAGAAUUGUGGAGCACACGAACACCUCCCCUUGCAAAUCAUGUGGUCUAGAAGAAUCGGCUGUGACCGGCAUCGUCGUGGGGGCCUUAUUAGGAGCUGGCUUGCUAAUGGCCUUCUACUUUUUCAGGAAAAAGUACAGAAUAACCAUUGAGAGACGAAACCAGCAAGAAGAAAGUAACAUUGGAAAACAUCGGGAGUUACGGGAAGAUUCCAUCAGGUCCCAUUUCUCAGUGGCUUAAAGGAAGCCUUGCCCUCCUGCCCACCCCUCUUGCUCGAGAUUCUUUAAGGAGAUAGUUGGGAUGAAAGAUAUCAAUGGAACAGAAGGGGCGCUCUUGAAGAACUCAUUCUUUUAAGCAGUUAGCCAUUUUUUGUUUUAAAAUUUCUUUAGAAGCUCAGGAACAAUCAAUAAUCACAAUAUGCCUCAUGGCCUUUCAUCUCAUGAGAAACACAUGUAAGGGUAGAGCGUCACACUGUUAGAUGUUCACUGCUUCAAGGGUGUAUGAUUAGGUCACUGGUUUAAAGAUCUGAUGUCUCUAUAUAUCUUGAUGGCUUUGGGGGGCAUUUCAUGCAAGGGUGCAAAAUGUGGUUUUCUUAAAUGAAAUGGUAUAUGGCUCGAAUAAAAUAGUUUUCCCAGCAGGAUAUUCUUGGAAAGAAUUUGAGACCCAGGAAGAGGAAGGUGUAACGAAAGAGGGCAAGGUUGGAAAUGUCGUUUUCCUUUCUCUGUGCUUGGUGGACAGAUUAGAUGGGGAGGGCUGCUCUCCUCAGCAUCUGCUUCUGGGUUCAGACUCUGUAUAUCCAAAGAGGAUUGCCUUUUCUCCCUGUCUCCUUCAGUGGCUUCUAAAAGCUCUUCUGGAAAGUUGUAACUAUUAGUGAGACAAGAGGAUUCACACACACACACACACACACACACACACACACACACACACACACACAGCAGGUCUAAAAUAUUUCCUUUUCUAAUGUCAAAAAAAGUCCUACGUCACACUAACAUUUUAUUUUUGAGUAUUUUAAUCUUAUAUUUUGCUAUUAGAAAAUGUGUCUAUUUUUUCAUUUUGAAGAUUAUAGGUCACUUGUAUUUUAAAAGCAUGGGUCAUGUGUAUAGCAAACCAACAGUGGUGAAAGAUGUUUCUCUUCUUCUCCUGGCUUCCCUCGUCUCCUUGGCGACAGCCAAGCACCACAGGCUGCUUCGAUUACAGAUGUAGAGAUGGGUCGAGAUUCCAAACUCUCAAGGAUUUAGGGCUCGACCCAUCAAUGGACCUGUUUUCAUUGCAAGUGAUAUUAGGCAUGGACAUAUGCUGCCAAUCCUGGCAAAAUGAUCUUAGUCAUGAUUAGGAGGUGGACGGUUAUUAGAAUUUGCAAAGGGAGACGUCCCCUUUUACAGAAGGACAUAUUUCAAAAAUUCAUCCGGGGCAUUGUUUCUUAUAUUCAGUAAUGAUUUUGGGUUUUAAAGAGGCAAUCUGAGUAUCUGCCUAGAUUCUCUUUUAGCCAGCUGCAUGGAGCUUUAGAGACAUCCCUCGUAGCCUGUGUAGCCACACUGGGACUUCGGGUUACAUGGAAUAAGUACUUCCUGAAUAUCUGUUUUGCACCCAUUACUCUGAGCAUGGGUUUGAACUCAGGUUGUCCCGUUCACUUAUACUUAUGGGGGGAAGUAGAGAGAGGAGACUGGGGAGUUAUCAGAAGAGUGUCCCACCUUGUCAUAGGUCACUAGGGUCUUUCCUCCAUAACAUAGUGUACAUCUGAACAGUAGAUUUAAAAAGUAUCUUCAUAUCUCUAAAAGUCCCACGACAGAGAAGGCUUUGGCUGAGUUUGAGUCAUUUCUUGGUGGUGAGGGAGGCCAUGGUUCCACCAAAUCCCGGCCACGGUUCCACCAAGGCCUGUGACAGAGCCACCGGGCCUCCCUCGCUCAACUGGGCCUGCGUAUUGGAGGAAUCUGCCUCCAUUGCCAUCACUGCAGCCCGAGGGGACAGAUUAGUUUGUAUGAGACAUGCUUUUUCUUUCUUGUCGGAGUAAACAGAAGGCUGGCUGCUGGAGUGUAGGAUACAAGAACUCUGGUCAACUAGAGCAUCCAUCGGGAGAAGGACUGGCCUUUCUACUCCCGCUAACCGGUCCAGCCUUGGAAGCCCCAGGGGUCGCUGUGAGUCAGCUGGCCGCGAGAGCCGCCCUGUUGUCGUUCUCCCUGUGUGGUGCCAUGAAGAAAGUGCUGAAUUGGAAAAAGGAUAAAAAAAUGAGAGAAAGAAUGGGAGACUCCAGAAAUUCCAGAAUAACGCAGGAAGAGAGACUGGGAAGUAAAGUCUAGGAGCGCAAAAAAGUCUUUGGCAGCAUGGGAUGCCGAUGUGAGGACCGGAUGGAAAGAAUAUGUCCAUCUCUAGCUGAAUUGGAACGCUUCUUGCUUUCUCGUUUUUAUUUGUCAGACACCCUGACCAUGUAUUUUUGAGAUAGUCAUUUCCUGUUGUCUAGUAUUUUUUAGAAAGAAAAAGAAAGUUUAACCCCUCAUGCUUACUAGAUGGGGAAAAGCACGCUACUUUGCCUGGGUACAAAUAGUUCUUAUCUCUAGAAUUUUUAGGGUCCCAGGAAGUCUAACAUUAAAAAAAAAAAUAUUCCUUAUUUUUAUGUCAGGGAGAGGAACAGUCCUCAAAUUAAAGUUAUAUCGCUGGGCAAAAUCUGAAAAACGAGUGCAUAGUUAGUUUUUCCAAAAAACCAAACCCAAACAAAGAUGGCAGAACAGGUCUUGAGAUGUCUUGUGUCCCUGCCAGCCUCUCUGUCUGUCUGCAAGUCUGAGCGUGUGUUUCACACGGGUCACUUGUUCACAUUGCUGCUGCGUACUCCUUCUGCCUCACAGCCUUCUUGCGCAUCACCACAGCCCCUGUCCGUUUUGACAGUUCUUUUGAGACACCUCUUGUUUCCAGCAUAACCUUGGGUUAAGGCUGCUCAAGACAAGAAUUUGUGAUUUGAAACAAGACGAAAUGCCAUCACGGGGGAACAUUUUAUGGUGGUUUGGGUGAAAGUUUACAAAGUAGAGCUAAUUAGUUUCUCAUUCAAGAAUGUACACCCAUUUUGUCUGGUGGCCUUAGUGACAGCCCCUCAACAAAACAGCAGGCGUCCCCCUCCCUCUCUGGACUCACUGUGGCCAUUUUUCUCUUGGCACGCCCCUUCCUGUCUUCUGAACUGGUGGGGAGGGGGAGGGAACCCCAGUGCUGCCCUUUGGUCUCUCCGAGGGCUUGAUGGGAGGAGCUCGUUCUUCCUGGGUGGUGGUGUUCACUUUAUAGGCCUGCCUGUUUAAGAUGGUCUCUCGGAGUGGCUUCCCUUUCAGUUUUGAAGGGUGACAUUUGGAAUGUAGCUUCCUAACGUGCUCAGCAGCAUCUCUGACAGCUCGUCAUGCAUCCCUUAGCCUUUAGGGAUGCAUCAUCUAGUGAAAUCAACAGGGCACUUGAGUUCUUAAAUCCACAGGACACAUUUUUGCUCUGCUUCCUGGGAUCCUUGAUCAGUCUUUUCCAUCUGGCCCAGUGUAAGCUGACACGGACACAGGUCAAAACAAGUAGAUACUUUUUUGGUGUUGGAACUAAAAUUUGAUUUUAUGGCUGUCAUUGUGACAGUCAUAGAUUUAUGACAUAUGAUUGAUGUGACUGACAUAGAUUUAGUGAGCACUCUGUCCUGGGCCCCAGGCCUGAAAGCCAUUUUUUACAGGACCCACCUUUAAUGGCGGGGAGGGAGAAACCUUCUUGGCUCCUUUUGCUUAAGUUCAAAGAGGGUUGCUUUAGAAUGUUAGGUCAUUCUCCCUAUUCAAAAGCUUCUACAAAGAAAAGAAAAGAAAGAAGAAACAGCAACAACAAACCCAUUGUCAUCCUGACUCACAGCAGCCCAGUAAGACAGAAUAGAAUGGCUUCACAGGAUGCCUUUGGCUGGAAGUCAAACAGCCCCCUAGGGUCUCUGAGGCUGGAAAUCUUUACAGAAGUGACUGAGGCAGUGUUUUCCCUCGGAGCUGCUCCUGGGUUUGAAUCACCAAGGUUUUGGGUUAGCAGCCUAACGCAUAACACACGGCACCACCUCACGACACACUCUUUGGCCCUCACUUAUCACUGUCUUUUCGGUUGUUGCUGAUGUUGGAACAUGGCAAGCUGUGCUGUCAGCAGUGAACAGCCCUCGUGCCGAGAGACAAGAAUUUAGAGAGGUGUCAGCAAGGCUCUGUUGGCUACUUGUAGAUGCCUCUUUAGGAGACCAAAUAGAAUAUUAUGCCACUGGUAUCAAGGGAUCAUUUAUAAACGGCAAGGAAUGCCUACCUGUGUUUCUUAGGACACAGGGAGCUAAGAUCCUGAGUGAACGCAGUCAUGAGGCCAUAUGCCAGCCCAAAGGAGGCCCCGACUCUGUGUCACGGGCUUUGUUUAGUUACACCCUGUGGUUCGCUGCUUCGUGGGGAAGCUGGGAAUGAGGUGAGGGCCUUGUUCUGUGGAGCACACAGGCUGCCAAGGAAUGUGGAGUCUGUUUUAGGGGCAGUGUGGAGGCAGAGAGAAAGGGAUGCUGCUCAAAGGUCCUGUUUCUUUGUCCCUUGGUCUGUAGAACUAAAGAACAGCAAGUAAUGCAGACCCUCCUCAACAGUUUUUUGUGUGUGCCAGACUCAACAAGAAGCUUGAGACAUGCCCAGGAAGAAGAAUCCGGAGUUCAAUCCUCCAACACCCUCUUGCUGUGCUCUCAGAAGUGUCUGCCUCUCGCUCAUGCAGGUGGAACCCUGUGAGGGAGACCUCUGUACUUUCCCAGAGGAAGAAAAGGCACACAGGUGCCACCUGUCAGAGUGUAGCUGGGUGUGAUCAGAACCCUUACACGGAUUUGACCACACAUGCUCUUGGGGCAGCUCGAACCUGUGAUGUCCAUUGGCUCCAACUUGCCUGGCUGUGGAUUUCCUCACAGAGAGGUCACAGAGGCCCCUUGCUAGUGUCUCCUACCAUCAGAGGCAGGAUUUACAACAGUUUUCAGGAAGUGUUAGCUUGGAGUUUGUUCACAUUUCUCUAUAACCACUAAUGUUCACUCACACCAAAGGCGAAACCUUCUAAACCAGCUGACGUUCUCCAGGUCCUGUUUGAUGGGACGUUAAUCACAAUGAGACCCGAGGGUGCGAAGGGUACCUCCGUGUGUUCAUCCUCUUUGAUGGAGCAGCCGAGGACUGAUGCCUAGGGGAGAGAUUUGAACGAGCAGAGGUAUGGGCUGGCAAAAAUACUAGACAGCUUUGAUCCAGAUUUUUAAAGAGCUGCAUUUUUAUGCACAAGGAAUUAAGGGACCAUUUACUGUCAAUGACCAGAAAACCCCAUAGGCACCAUGAUCUUUUUUAUGUGUGGGAAAGUAAGGUUGUCAUCUUCAAAUGGGUUCCAACUUGUAUCCACCCUGGAGCACAGAGUGGACCUGUGGGUUUCUGAGGGUUUCUGAGGCUGUCUGUCUUUACAGAAGAGGACAGCCUCAUUUUCUUUCCCACAGAACAGCUGGUAGGUUUGAACCACCCACCUUUUGGUUAACCCAUGGUGUCAUCAGUACUGCCUAGUAAUUGGGAAGAGAAGGUUGAGAGAAAGGAAUGUUUGUCCUGUUUAUUAGCCAGUGCCAGCAGCUGGGAAUGCCCAUUGUGGUGUGUCUUCUGGAGAAGACAGCUUGGAGGGUCCAGAGACAAUGUGCAGAUGCUGUGAGCUUGCAGGCCUUCGCUUUGGGUCCUGGGACUCUGAGAAUUAGUCCUUGUGCAUGAUGAAAAAUUGAAACUGAGAGGACAGACACUGUGGAAGUGGAAUUCUGGGUCAUGCUAGUCAUUGUUCGUUUAAGUAUAAUUGUCAAACAAUGUGGAGCUACCAUGAGCCUGGUAGCCAAGGAACAGUAAAAGCUAUACAAGCUACAUACCGUUUAUUAUUCUAAUGUAAGUAGAACUAUCUGCAUAUAAUGUGACUUAAUUUAUUGUUGUUUGUGUAGAAAAUGAUAAUUACUGACUGUGGAUAUAUAACCCUUGUUUUGUAUAAUAUAUUUUAUUUCUGGUGCAAAGUGGUCAUUUAAAAUAUCUACUUCAUUCGGUGUUUGGAUAUCUAUGUGUAUGUGUUCUUGUAAAUGUUUCUACUAAACAAGAAUGUCACAUACCCUGAAGAUAACAAUGUGUUCUCAUUAAAAGAAAAAUACACCCCA